AUGGCUAUUUGGAAAUUCCCGGAAUGGAUUGAUGCAGGACGAAUUACUGCUGUCCUGGUUGCUUUGGAAGCAGUCAGUAACCCCCGUGGCUCUUCAAUUCCGCUGGGUUGGAACCAUGACGGUAUCACGAGCUUCAUCCUCUCCGGGAAACAGGGCAACUUCCACACGCUCAAUCCCCCAGUGAGCUGGAUGCAAAAGAAUCGAAGCACUUUAGGAAAUCGACCGCUAUCGCAGAUCUGCAUGCUCGGAACUCACGAUGCAGGCAUGUCCUUUGUAUCUCACGCCGAUUUUCCUCGAGGGCUCGUUGAUCCCUUCGUCCUUUGUCAGUCUACUCCGGUUUAUGGACAAUUGGUUCUUGGAUCCCGAUAUCUCGAUAUUCGUCCUGAAAUAUCUGGUGGUGAUUUCUGGACUGGUCACUACAGCGGCAAGCUUGGAGGCCGCGGUGAGUCGAUGGCCAAUAUCAUCACUGGCGUGAACAGAUUCCUAUCAGACAAUGCAGAAUUGGUCAUCCUCAACUUCUCACACAGCCUCCAAACUGAUGUCAGUGGCGACUGGAGGAGCUUCAAUCGUGAUGAGUGGCACAAACUCAUGCAGGAGCUUCAGCAGCUACAGAACCUCUUUGUGGUCCAAGACGAGACAAAAGCGAAAGACCUGAGUCUUCUCACCUUGGAUGAUUUCAUUGGUAAUGGCAGGGGAGCAGUCAUUUGUGUUAUGGAGGAUGACAGUCUUGACCUUGGUGACUUCAAGAAAAGGGGGUUCUACAAGCCUUCGCAGCUAAAUGUUCGCAACGAGUACUCCAACACCGACGAUGCGGUCAACAUGGUGAAAGACCAGCUUAAGAAAAUGAAGGACAACAUGUCGAUCAAAGACAAAAGGCUUUUCUUACUAUCCUGGACGCUGACUCAACAAAUCAGAAUUGAGCCAAACAUCGCGAAGCUCGUGCUGCUUCUCAAGAAUCUGAAGUCAAUCAAGACAAUGGCAUACACUGCCAACAAGGCGCUAGUAACAGAACUGCUACCCGUCGUGGAUAAGAACUCAUUCCCCAACGUUGUUUACCUUGAUUUUGUCGACAACUUGAGUUAUGUGGCGCUUGUCAUGGCUGUUAAUGACAAGGUAUUCAAUAACUGA